GGACUCCAACCGUCAUGUUAAGGUAAAACAGAAAAGUGCAGUGCUGAACAUGCUAAAGAGGUUAGACAAAAUAAGGUUCAGAGGUCACAAAAGAGAUGAGUUCCUUGAUUUAGCAGAGUCUCCAAAUGCUUCAGACACUGAAUGUGGAGAUGAAAUCCCGGUGAAAAUACCUCGAACGUCACUCAGAGAGAAUGAUGAACUAAGAGACCCUGCUGGUCCAGGGACCAUCAAUAUGGCAUCAGGAAUCCAGGAUUUUAACAGAACAGAAUCUGAUAGAUUAAAUGAAAUCAAAGGUCACCUAGAAAUCGCCUUAUUGGAAAAACACUUUUUACAGGAAGAGCUCAGGAAGCUCAGAGAAGAAACAAAUGCUGAAACUUUAAAGCAAGAACUAGAAAAAGAACGGCAGAGAAGAUUGGAACUAGAACAAAAGAUCAAUGAAGUACUUAAAACAAGAACGGAAGAGUUGUCAACAAUUCAACAACCCACAAAACCACCGACACAAGUCAAUGGAACAGAUAAACGCAGUCAGAUGAUGUGUUCAAGAGUCCAGAAGUGGUUUUAUGACAAAUUUGGGGAGUAUGUUGAAGACUUCAGAUUUCAGCCGGAAGAAAAUACAGUGGAAACAGAAGAGCCACUUAGUGCUAGAAGGCUAACUGAAAAUAUGAGAAGAUUAAAGAGAGGUGCCAAACCUGUUACUAAUUUUGUGAAGAAUCUUUCUGCCUUAUCAGAUUGGUAUUCUAUCUACACUUCUGCUAUUGCCUUUAUUAUUUACAUGAAUGCUGUAUGGCAUGGCUGGGCCAUUCCUAUGUUCUUAUUUUUAGCAAUUUUGAGGUUAUCUCUAAAUUACCUCAUAGCCAGGGGUUGGAGAAUACAGUGGAGCAUUGUGCCUGAAGUUUCUGAGCCCAUUGAACCUCCAAAGGAAGACCUGACAGUGUCAGAAAAAUUUCAGCUUGUUCUAGAUGUGGCACAAAAAGCACAGAACCUAUUUGGCAAAAUGGCAGGCAUAUUGGAAAAAAUCAAGAACUUGUUCAUGUGGGUCCAGCCCGAAAUAACGCAGAAGCUAUAUAUUGCUCUGUGUGGGAUUUUUUUUCCCCCCAAUUGUUCAGGACUUUAUGCUGGAAUUAAGUUUUUCCUUAUUGAUUUUAUCUUCAAACGAUGCCCAAGACUUCGAGCUAAGUAUGAUACUCCUUAUAUCAUCUGGACAAAUCUGCCUACAGAUCCUCAACUCAAAGAAAGAUCUAAUGCUACAGUCUCAAGACGGGUUCAAACAGCAUCAUCAAGAAGCUAUGUGGGUUCAGGUGCCCCAGCUGGAGUGAACAAAGAUGAAGACACUAGUCGUUUUCAUACCACCAAAAGAGGCAAUUUCCAUGAAAUCUUUAACCUAUCAGAAAAUGAGCGCCCUUUGGCAGUAUGUGAAAAUGGUUGGCGCUGCUGCUUGAUUAACAGAGACAAGAAGAUGCCCACGGACUACAUUAGGAAUGGAGUUCUUUAUGUUACAGAAAAUUACUUGUGCUUUGAAAGUUCCAAAUCUGGCUCUUCAAAGAGAAAUAAAGUUAUUAAACUAACAGAUAUAACAGAUAUUCAGAAGUACAAAGUGCUCUCUGUUCUCCCAGGAUCAGGAAUGGGUAUUGCAGUAUCAACACCAUCUACACAAAAACCAUUGGUGUUUGGUGCCAUGGUACACAGAGAUGAAGCUUUUGAGACAAUUUUAAAUCAGUAUAUGAAAAUAACCUCUGCAGCAUCGAAUAGUGAAAGCUAGUAUCUCAUCGUCAGAAGAUCAAGAGGAGACUUUUUUAUUUUACAACUUGGUAGUGAAAAAUUGAACAUCCUCAUCUAUUUUGCAAUAAUUUUUGUCAUAUGGUUUAUAUUCUGUCUGUUACUAAAUCAAGUGUAUUUUAUAUAUGCCUUCAUGUUUGUUUUUAAGGUUUUUGUAAAAAAACAGUGAAAGUGCUAUCAUCACUAUUAGCCUUGCACAUUAAGCACUUUUAAUGUUUAUUUACUGACAUUAAAAGCUAGGCUGAUGCUUGGAGAACUGACUGAAUAGACAACCGGACCGGAACAGAUUCAUCCCUUGGGUAAUUCCAUUGAUAUAACCAGGAAUUAAUUUCGCCCACUGUCUGUUGUUUUUACCUGAAUUGAAACACAUUACAAUAGUCUGGUGUUUGUUGGGUACAGCAAGCACAGAAUUGGUACUUUAUGAAACCGGUAUCCACACCUAGGAUAUACCACUAUUAGCUGGUAAGAAUACUGAUAAGGCAAUUUUUCUUGCUGAUUUAUGUACUAUAAAAGGGUUUAUAUUUGCAGAGUUUGACUUAUUCUUUUUCCUGUAUAAAUAGUUUCAAAUCUUUGUGCAGUGAACUCAGCAUUACAAAUCAGAAGGAAAUGAUUGGACCCUUAUCUUCUUUUUCUGAUCAACCAAAAGUGCAAGAGGAAGAAAGGAAACUACUUGUUUUUGAGGGUAUCAAUACUUUGUUCAUACAAUUUUAGGCACCAUAUAUUUGUAUUCCUAUUGAUAUUUGUCAUGGAAGGGCUCAAUAAUUGUACUUGUACACAUAAUGUAGCAAGAUGCAUGUAUGUUCAUGCAAAAAGACUUAAUGGGUAUCUUUUUGUGAUGGGGGAGUGGGAAAUAAUUAUGCUCAAGUAAAACUUGAGAUCUGUUUUGUAUGAUAUGUAUUCAUUUGUAUUUGAGAUUUGGGGAAAAAAAUCAGAGUCCCUCAUGACAGAAAUGUCAGGAUAAUGUAACAAAUGAAAGCUCUAUUUCCAAAGGAAAUUACUCUGUUUUGAUCUCCCCUUCUUUAUUCCAUUUUCCCAACAAUAGAACCCGGUAUUGCUAAAUAGAGCAAUAACACUGUGCUCAUCUUCUACAUACAUUUUCCUCUACUGGGGGGCAAAGUAUAUGACAUUUAUCAUACUUUAAAGUUUGAAAGCUCGCAUAUUCCAUGUAAUAAAGCCCAUCUGAGAAUUUAGGUUUUCAUUUGCAUUAUUCUAAAGGCAUAGCUGAUAGCUCUCCUGUGUAUUUUCCCCCUACUGCAUCUUUUGAGCUUAGUAAUAUUUUCAUUGAGCAAACUUUUUCAAAAAGCCCAUCAAGAACAUAAUUCUGUUAGCCUAUCUUAAAAAAAAAAAUCCAAGGAUUUUUUUAAGUCAAUACACUUAGCCAUGUAUUUUCUAUUGAAAUAAGUUUUGUGGGACAUCAUUACUCAGAAGAUCUUUAAACGAACUCCAGGUUUACAUUCAAUUAACCUGUUUCAGAGUGGCAGUGAAGAUAAUUUUAAUAUUAAUAUGAAUAAUUAAUUAUAGUAUUUCUCCAUAUUGUGUUUAAAGUUCAUGUACAUUGGAACUUACUCAUUUGAAUAUUGAAGGCAUAGAGUUGUUCAUGCUAAGCUCUAUGCUGCAGACAUAAGUGUAUAAAUAUGUAUCAGAAUCCAUCUUAAAGAAUUUAAAAUUAUUAUCCAUGCACUGAGUCAUCAGUUCAUGGAAUUACUUAAUCAUGCAUUCAAAGAUUGUCUUGAAUAGUUAUGAACAUUUGCUUAAAUACUGUAUGAAGAGGGAUGUUUUCCUGAACCAGGGUCUUGAAAGUUUACAAUAUAAUUUAAGAUUAGUAGGAGAUCUAGUUAUCCACUAUAUAACAAGGAUGUUAACCAAAUACCAUUUUUAAGCUGCUUUCAUUUGGCAAAUACGGAUAUUCAUUUGGCAUAAACAGGCUUAUAUUUAAGCAAAACUAUUACUUUUAUCAUGUAGAUUUAAAAAAAAAAGCAGUUUGAUUUAAGGGGAAGAAAUUGUCAUUUAUCCAACAAUUUAAUAUAUAAUUAGACUGUUAUAAAACCUCCAUUAAGCAUGAAAGUGGCAAAUGAAUUACAAUAAGUGGUAAAUAAAUAAGCAUUAAUAUAGGUUUAAUGUUAUGUGCAACUUAGUCAUGUAUUCAUGGUUCAUUCAGUUUGUCUUAACUCCUUGGGCGUUUCUGAGGUGGUCAUUUUUUUGAAGAAACAGAAGAUUAUAUUUUUUAUGGAGAGCAACUGGUUUUUCUUAUUUUUGUAUCAUUUUCAAAUGUACUUUUUACCUUUUCUCUGAUCAUAAGGCACUGGAUUUAGUGCAACUGCUGAUGACUGCACUUAUUACCUCCUCUCCCCAUUGACUGACUGUUGUAUGUAAUAUUGUCCUAUAUUCUGGUUCUUGAAAGACAAAAAUAUUGUUGGGGUGAAGAUGCCAGGAUAGUUAACAAGACUUAUUCUUUGAAGAAGAAAUAAAUCAUUUGCCAUCUUCACAGAUUUAGAAUCCUCCUAUGUACAGCAUACUUUAGCUUGGUCAACAACAGAUAACCUUUCUCCUAAUGCUGAUUUGUCAUUCAAAAUUAAUCUGCACUUUAACAAUAUGUACUUUAAAAAUUGUUAAAGCAGUACAGUUAUUGCAAACUACAAUGCAACAUUGGUUCAUUAUGAUAAAAAUAAAAUGAACUGGAUUUUUUAAAGAGUAAAAUGUGUAAUAUAACUGACAUUCAUGUAUAUAUUUUGCAAAGUUCACUUUACAUUAGGUUAUAAGAAUUAUUGCAAAGUAGCUGCUCUCGUGUUACAGAAUUAAAGGCACUAGUCAAUAACUUCAGUGUGCUUACUUGUGACUAUCGCUACGCUUUUUUUCUCCAAUGUCCUAAAAUGCUGGCAGGCAGUGGGCAAUUACAUAAUUUACUUGUGUAAUUACACUGAAGUUAAUUUUAAAUUUACCUUCCUACUUACAAUUUGCAGUAUAGUCCUCUUUUUGAUUCAAGGUUGAGUGAUGCCAUUUAAUGUAAAGUAUUACCUUUUUGACAGCAAAAAGUGAUGUUUUUGCCAUUGUUCAUUUGCUGUUAACUGUUGUAAUUCAGUUGAUGUAUAUGGUUUAUUGUUGGAUCAUUCGCAUUUAAUUGGUUUAACUUCUUUCUUAGAAGUUUAGUGGUUAGUUUGAGUUCCUUUGAGGAAAAAAAGGGAGAUGAAAACUUACCACAUUAUUCGUCGGUGACCAUUUAAACAAAGUUCAGAUCUAACAUCGUUUUUCUGUAUUUUGCCACUAUUGUGAGUUCAGAUUGAAUAAAAAUAAACUACUUAUAAGUGGCAACAUGGCACAAAAAGCCAGCAACAAAACUUUUAUUUACUGUUCAUGCAGACCAAGAGAGAAGAUAUUUUACGUGAGAGUGAAGAGGUGAACAUGUGUACACUUUUUUUUUGUCAACUUAAACUCCUACAAAGAAAACUGGUAGUUUUUAAUUGAAUUCUGUAAAUUUUGUCUGAUAUUUAAUUUCUAUUACUAAACAAUGAAAUAGAAUGUGUGUUAAAUUAGUUUUUAUUUCUGAAGUUUGUCUAUUUUGAAGUUGUAAAUAAUGAUCCAUUAGCAGUGUAACUUUUGGUCAAAAAGAAUUACACUAUAAGAAGAAUUGAAAUAAUGAAACAAUUUGCCCUGUACAUUUUUUAAGAACUUUGUUUAAAAAAGAAUUGUAUAAAUUAUAAUUUUUAUUUAAAUAAAUCUAAAA